AUGACUCAGGACGGACCAGUAGCAACAAUAACACCCGCAACAACAACAUCACAAGCAACAACAUCACCAACAUCACUAACAUCAGCUCCUACUCCACCAGCUCUCAAACCGGCCCACAAAACCCGUACGGGGUCUGCGCAGGCGCACCUUGCGGCCGGCUUUACGUCCGGACUCACAUCAUCUGUUCUUCUUCAACCGUUAGAUCUUCUUAAGACUCGUAUACAACAGCAAAAGAAGAAUCCUAAUGGUAGUAGUAGUAGUAGUAGUAGUAGUCGUAUUAUUAUCAAUGGCAGUUCCAAGGAAGCAGCAGCAGCAGCAGCUGCAACAGCAGAAUCAUUAGUUCCAGGGAAAUCAUUACGUGCAGCACUACGUGAAAUUGAUUCAGUAGCAGCUCUUUGGCGUGGAACCUCAGCAUCAGCUAUUAGAACUUCAGUCGGCUCUGCACUAUACUUAACAACUCUUAAUGCUACACGUACAUAUCUGGCCCGUCAUACGUCUCUCGGUGCACAAUCAUCAUCAUCAUCUUCACGGCUUCCUAAGCUUAGCAUGUAUGCGAACUUGGCAUCUGGCGCUGCAGUCCGGGGUCUGGUGGGUGUAGUAACGAUGCCUGUGACUGUAGUCAAGGUUCGGUUCGAGUCUUCGUUAUUUGCAUAUACUUCACUGGCAGAUGCAGUACGUGAUAUUUAUACACGACAUGGAGUUGCAGGAUUUUUCAAAGGUACCGGAGUCACAUUUUUACGUGAUGCUCCUAAUGCUGGACUUUAUGUACUUUUUUAUGAGCUUUGGAAAGAUGUUCUUUCGCGUUCUGUGGCCCUUUUCUCUGGACCUAACCAGCAGCAACAACAACAAAAGGAUACAAAACUUCUUAAUACAUCUACAAGUGCUUUGAUCAAUUCUUCUGCAGCAAUUUUGUCUGCAGGAAUGGCAACAACUAUAACAGGACCUUUUGAUACUGUAAAGACUCGCAUGCAACUUGAUCCUGUCCGAUACAAGUCUGUAUGGACUGCAGCACGGCUUAUUGUUGCAGAUGAAGGUCUUGUUGGACUUUUUGAUGGUUUGUCAUUGCGUAUGGCUCGGAAAGCUCUUUCUGCAGGCAUUUCCUGGUGCAUUUAUGAGGAACUUGUGCGGAGAAUGUAA